AUGGACGCCUCCUCCGCGACUUCGGACGGUCACGUCCCGAAUCGCGGACCCGCCGUCUUCGCCGUCACCACCGCAACGCUUGUUCUCGCCUCCAUAUUCGUCGGCGCGCGCAUCGUCUGCCGGUACUUUAUUGUUCGAAAUGUCUCUUGGGACGACCGGGUCAUGAUCUUGGCUUGGCUCAUUGCAUUUUUCCUGUCCUUCACCAUCGAUUACGGUGUGACCAAGGGCCUGGGAAAGUAUGACCAAGAUAUCCCGGAAGACGACUGGUCGACGUUGCGCCACUGCGAAUAUGUCUUUUCAAUACUCUAUAACCCGGCCCUCAUGGCCACCAAAACGAGCAUUCUGAUAUUUUACCUCCGCCUCGCCAAGAACACGCAGGUUGUCCUUCGCUACGCCUCGUGGGCCACGUUGAUUGUCGUCAACGUCGCCGGCACCGUUCUGACCUUUAUGAACAUUUUCCAGUGCAGUCCGGUCAGAGCCGCCUGGGACAUUCACGUCGAAUCGCCUACGAAAUGUAUCCCCCUCCUCACCGAGUUCAUAUGUGCCGCGCCGGUCAACAUCGUCACCGAUCUCGCCAUUCUUGCCCUGCCCAUACCGGUCCUCACGGGCAUGCGCCUCCCGUCGCGGCAGAAAACGAUUCUCGUCCUCACCUUCACCCUCGGUAUCUUCGUGACAAUUGUCGACGUUAUCCGCAUUUACUAUCUCCAGCGUGCCAUCUCCGAGGUGCCGACGGGCACGACGACCAGCCCCAAUUCUCGCUUUGGCGGACAAACCGACUUUGCUUGGAACGCAUCCCUUUCGCUCAUGUGGAGCGCCGUUGAGGUGAACGUUGGCAUGAGCUGCGCCUGCGUCCCCACCCUGAAACCCCUCAUCUUGAAGCUCCUCCCGGCCAUGCUGUACGAUCCGGAUGGCACGAGGACCUCGGCAGGCUCUACGAGCAAAGGGCCGAGCGACUCCGAGACUCCUCCAUCGCGGAACCAGGCCGCGGAGAUGACGAGCGGGGCCGCGCCCGCGGUUACCGAGCCUCAGCAGUCAUACCGCGCAAGCCCCGGUCACGACGCGCCGAUGAGUGCCAUGGAAUUCCUGACGACGCCGGACAUGACGUCCCUUCCGGAAAACUCGAAUCUCGCCGACAUGUCGCGGGCGCGCACUGCGCGAACCGCCUCCACCUCGGGGACGAUCGAGAAUGGCAUUUACUUUGGCUUUGUCAACAUGACCAAGCCCAAGAGCAUGCUCAAAGCAAACGCAUCCGAAUCGUUCAAGUACUGCACCAUCGUCUCCAUCCUCUUCCUCCUCUGGGGCGUGUCAUACGGACUGCUCAACACGCUCAACAAUGCGGUCGCCUCGGUGGAUCAAUUCUCAGCGGCGCAGACUCUGGGCCUGACGAGUGCCUACUUUGGCGGGGGCUACUUUUUCGGGCCGCUCCUGGUGGGCGAGUGGAUCCUUCGACGCGACGAGCACAACCGCUCCAAGCGACAUGAGAAGAACGAAGCCGAGAAUGUCGGUGGAUUCAAGGUGACCUUUAUCGUCGGCCUCUGCAUCUACGGCAUCGGUACUGUCAUCUUCUGGCCAUCGGCAGUGACCAACUCGUUCGGCGGGUUCAUGCUCAGCAACUUCGUCGUCGGGUUCGGCCUGUCGGUACUGGAAGUAGGCGCCAACUCUUUUAUGAUAUUGUGUGGCCCGCCACAGUACGGUGAGAUGCGCCUCCUGCUCGCCCAAGGCGUCCAAGCCGUGGGAAGCGUCAUCAGUGGCCUGUUGGCACAAAAGGUCUUUUUUAAGAACCUCACCCAGACCGAGGCGGACCACAGUGCGUCCAACAGCACGACUCUCAUCAACGUGCAGUGGACGUAUCUGGGGAUAACGUUACUUUGCGUCGUCCUUGGCCUCUUUUUCUUCUACAUGCCGCUACCCGAAGUGAGCGACGAGGAGCUCGAGGCACUCUCAAAGCGUCUUCCGCUGGACCCAAAGAAGAAGAGCCUCGCGGGCCUGCAACUCCGGACCGUGAGUCUGGUUCUCGCAGUGUUCGCGCAGUACUUGUAUGUCGGUGCGCAAGAGAGCAACAGCAUCUACUUUCGGAGUUUGAUGUUAUCGAUACUUCCAAACGCGGACGACAGCGGCCAGGGUGCCACGGGGGGCACGAGCGGAUCCGACGGGACAGGCAACGCCGACCAGCCGCCCGGUCUGGCGAUUUCCAUAUCCGACUACCUACUCGUCGGUCACACGGCGUUUGCGCUCUCUCGAUUCCUGGUCGGCGGUCUCACCUACCUAUCAGUCAAGAACCCUCGCCUUCCGCAGCCGCGGACCUACCUCACCAUUAGCGUUGCCGGGUGCUUCUUGUUUGCCCUGCUGCCCGUGGUUCUCCGACCGUCGAACCCCGACCUACUGGUCAUCCCUAUAAUGCUGUUCUUCUUUUGUGAAGGCCCCGUCUGGCCGCUGCUCUUCGCCAUUGGCCUGCGCGGCCAGGGGCUGAGGACCAAGCGCGCUGCCGCCUUUAUCACCAUGGGUGGCUCUGGCCCAGCUUUCUUCCCUUUCGUUAUGUACGGCAUAGUCACCAACGGAGGAACCGUACAAACGGCUUUCAUCGUCAUCGUUGCACUACAGGUGGCCAUGUUUGUCUAUCCCGUGUUUUUAGAGUUCUCUGGGGACGCGAAACAACUCGUCGACCCUUGUCCAGAUGCCCGCAACGCGCUGCGCGACGACGAAGAGACGACAACUGACGCGGCUGUCGCGAGCAGACACGGACGCAAUUCGUCCAAGGAGAAGACGUUGCUUCAAAAGGUCUCGCGAGGCUUGGGCGCCAAGCUCCACGGCCGGCGCAAGUCAUCCCACCACACGACUUUCGAGCACAACGAAGGCAGCGUGAAGUCGACGCCACGAACGCCAUGA